UUCAUACUUCAUACUCCAUACUUAUACUUAAUUGAGGACAUACCUACUCAACAAGCUACCUACCUCCUCUCUAUCUUAUUCAAUAAGCAUCCAGCUAUCUAUCUGACACAUCACAUCGUUGACAACUACGGAGUACCCUGCACAUAUACAUACACAAGCAUACCUCCUACAACCACAUACCCACUGAACAACAUCAAACACAACCACCACCACGAUAUACCAACCACACCAAAACCCAAGACCAAACAAGAUAAAGACGAAAAUGCCCUCCCUAACCCCCACGCUCUCCACCACCUCAACCACAAAAACCUACCGCGACGACUCCGCCUCAGAAACAUCCAGCCUCGCCUCCUCGACCUCCACCCUCCGCUCCCUCACGACCAAGUACCUAAGCAAGACGAAAGACCUGGGCACCACAUCCCCUACCUCGCCUAAAGAAACCGGCACGAAGACCAAGACCAAGACCAAGAGAGAGAUGAAGACUACGCCUUCGAAAAAGAGCAAGCAUACCACUAUGACGGCCUCUAGAGGAUCGGGGUCGUCGGGCGCAGGGAAGAAGGUCGAUUAUGAGGUUUUGGGGACGUAUCUUUCCCUACGGUGAUCAUUUUACAAUUGUGGUUUGGGGUGAGGAGGGUUUAGAAGGGGGAAAAGAUAUAAUGGUAUAAUUGGGAGGAAGGAAUUGAAGAUAAUGAUGAAGAUGGGGGAAAAAAAGGUCUCGGGGUAAUGAUUAUGAUAUAUGCCUUGCUUUUCCCAUUGGGAUGGAUUUGUUUGUUUUUGUUGACUGUCUUGGAUAAUUGAUUGAUUGAUUGAGGGAAGUGAGUGAUCCACUGGAG